AUUGUUCUCCAGCAUCCGCAUCGUACACCUCUAUACAUAUACAUUGCGUGUGGUUUGCGUAUACGCCUGCACAUCGCGCUGAAUUUUGUUGCGCGAAUGGCCGGGAAUUGUUUUCACGUUAUUGUGUGCAUCUCUGUGUGUGUGUGUGUGUGCGUAGUGUUUGGGAAAAUGUUAAAGGGAGAAAGCAAAACGCAUGAGAUGUAGAGGAAUGAUGCAGAAGAGUAAACUUACCAGACCCAAGUGUGCAUGUUCAUAUAUAAGUGUGUGUGUGUGUGUUUGUGCGUGUAUGUGUACGUGUGCGUAUGUUUGGCUUUUUUUUCGUAAACAAAUCUGUUUCUGCCCGUUUAAUUAGCAAAGGCGAAGAUUGCCACUUCUGGCACACUUGCAUAGCACUUGCGCCGUUUUCUGACACCACAACAAAAGACGGUGUGAGAGCGAGAAAGAGAUUGAUAGAGAGAGUAAUAAAAGAAAGCAACCAGGCAGGGAUAACACAGUGCUUAGGUCGGUGCACCCUUUGCCAUAUUUAUUGAUUUACCUAGGCCGUUGUAGUAGCAGCAGGUAUCUUAAGUAUACGUGAAGUUGUACGUUUAGUGGUUUUUUUUGUUUGUUGAGACGGCUAUGUUGUUAGUUGUACACCGGGAAGUGUUGCGCAACCCGGGGAUAUAGGGGUAGUACCACAAAAUCAAUCAGCAGUGAACGUAAAGUGCUCCUAUCGAAGUUUCUGUGUUCGCUCCGGACACGAGAACACACACUCACUAACGCAAAGCCCCCGGCACAAAUACACUCACACACCGUGUAUGCCGUGAAGAUGCCGAAGAGACUAUCCUUGAGCCCGGGGAAGAAACUAUUUGGAUUGAGUUCAAUUUAAUUAGAGGAACGUUUUGUUGCAUGAUUCAAAAAUAGGAUUAAUACUGGUCGUGGAAGAAAAAGGAAGACUGGAGGAGGAAAAAAAGGAAGAUAGAGGAAUAUAGAAAUAAAUAGUGUAAAGAAAGAGAAAGAGAGAGAAAGAGAGUGUGUGAAGAAUCAUAGCAAAAGGACACCUCAAAUUGAGUGGAUGCAUUUUGGAGAAAGUUUACACACACACACACAUGAACAUAUAUACAAUCACACAGGAAAGCAUAACGAUUAACUAUGUUAAUAAAAGAAUAUCGCAUUCCACUGCCACUGACGGUGGAGGAAUAUAGAAUAGCUCAGCUGUACAUGAUAGCGAAAAAAAGUCGCGAAGAAAGCAGUGGAGCUGGCAGCGGUGUAGAGAUCAUUGUGAACGAACCAUAUCAGGACGGACCGGGCGGUAAUGGGCAGUAUACGCGGAAGAUCUACCAUGUCGGUAGCCAUCUGCCGGGCUGGAUCAAGGGUCUGUUGCCGAAGAGUGCGCUCACGGUGGAGGAGGAAGCCUGGAACGCUUACCCGUACACGAAGACACGCUACACCUGCCCGUUCGUGGAGAAGUUUUCGCUCGAGAUCGAGACGUACUACUUCCCGGACAAUGGACAUCAGGACAACGUGUUCAAGCUGAGCGGUGCCGAUAUGCGGAACCGGAUCGUCGAUCUGAUCGACAUCGUGAAGGAUCAGCUGUACGGUGCGGAUUACACGCGCGAGGAAGACCCGACCGUCUACUGCUCGGAGCGUACCGGGCGCGGUCCGCUCAGUGAGUGCUGGUUGGAUGAGCAUUGGGAGGAGGUGCAGGGCAAGCAGCAACCGACGGCACGAAACAUGUCGCUCAUGUGUGCGUACAAGCUGUGUCGGGUCGAGUUCCGUUACUGGGGCAUGCAGACGAAGCUGGAGAAGUUCAUCCACGAUACGGCACUGCGGAAGACGAUGCUCCGGGCCCAUCGGCAAGCCUGGGCCUGGCAGGACGAGUGGUACGGUUUGUCGAUGGAUGAUAUCCGAGAGAUCGAACGGCAAACGCAGCUGGCGUUGAAGCGCAAGAUGGGCAACGAGGAAGGUGGCGAUGAACAGGAAGGUGACGGCGAGGAGGGAGAAGGCAACAAACCCACAGCGGAACAGGACAAUCGUAGCGCCAACCAGAUGUACUCAAUCGAAAAGACGAACGAAAACUCAACGCCACACAUGGAUAAGAAGGAACCGAUCCCGCUCAUCACUACCACGGCCGACGCGGAGAGUGGGAGCGGUACUGGUAUGGUACGGCCAUCGCGCAAGGAGAAGCCAAAACCGUCCGCACACAGUUCCGAGGAUGAUGAAUCGGUCGAUGGUAAGCACCAGCAAUCGCAACACCACCGGCCAGCAGAGGUCGAUGACGACGACGAAGAUGACGAUGAGGAUGACGAUGAGGAGGAGGAGAAUGAACGGCAUGGUGCGCGAGGACAUUCGCAGCAAGGUGGUUGCUAUCUGCGCAAGCAGAACAAUGCCGGCUCCAAGAGCAAACUCCACUCACCACUCGGGUCAGCGCAUAGUUUCGAUUUGCAGGUUGCUAACUGGCGCAUGGAGAAGCUGGAGGUAGAUUCCAAAUCGGGCUCCGAGGAGGAAUUUUUCGACUGCCUUGGUGAUAUGGGUGAGAAGGCAUCACUGGUAAAGUGGAGCUCGCUGGAACUGCUGGCAGAGGAAGAUGACAGUCCGCAGAUGGCGUCGAAUCACCGGAAUCAGGAGGAUAGCAUCUUCAGCCAGUCGUAUCUGCAGCGUGUCACAUCCGAGCGGGGUACGAGACGCUCGUUUCUCGGACAUCAUUCAUCGAGCAUCGAUCGGGGCACGGGACACGACUCUCCGCCUGGUUCGCCCGGGUUACCAUCCUGUCCGACGACGGUACUGAUACUGAUAAUGCAUGCCGGUAGCGUGCUGGACGUCAGCUCGGACAUGACGACUAAGAAGUCGGACAUAACCACAUUCCGGGGUGCGCUUGAGUCGGUUAUGCGCCAGCAUUAUCACUCCCUAGUCGGGCACGUUGCAUUGCGACUUGUUGCCUGUCCGGCCGUCUGUUCCGAUGCGCUCGGCAUUCUGUCCAGCUUGAGCCCGUACUCCUUCAACACCUCACCGUCGAGUGCGGACGUGUCCAACCUGGCGGAUGUACCGAUCGGUGCAAUACCGCUGCUCUCGACCUGUUCGCCCGAUUUCCAGGAAUCGGUUAGUCGAGCUGUAUCCUGCGCCAACCAAACGUUUACCGACUUCGUGAAAUCGGACGAGGGCCGUGGCUUUAACGGGCAGGUAGUGCUGAUCGGUGACUCGAUGGGUAGUGUGCUGGCACACGAUGCACUGUGCCGAUCGUCGGCACAUCAGGGCAGUGAAGCGUCCGGCCUGAACCAUAUCGCCGAUUUCGUUGCCGAAGCGAACGAUCUGGAUGCGACGAAGCUGCUGACGGCACCGUCACCACGCAGACGGUCCUCCUCCACCAGUGAAUCGCGGGUGCCCAAGUUCGAGUUUGAGGUGGGCGAUUUCUUUAUGUUCGGUAGUCCGCUGGCGGUUAUACUUUCCGCCCGCCGACUCUCCGACAGCCGGUACGGCAGCAGUAAGCCGGCCUGUACGCAGCUGUACAAUCUGUUCCAUCCGACCGAUCCGACAGCGGCCCGGCUCGAACCAUUGCUGAGUGCUCGGUUCUCGAUGCUGCCACCGGUGAAUGUGCCGCGGUACGCGAAGUACCCGCUCGGCAAUGGGCAACCGUGCCAUCUGCUGGAGCUGAUACAAUCCAGCCCGCAGCUGUUUGCUGACGGUGGUCCGUUACCGUCGGCACGGCGUCUGUCGGACACCUCGAUCCAGAGCGCUGCAUCCGGCAUGAUCGACAAUGUGCCCCUUACCACCAUCAAUCAGCUGCAGCAGCGCUGGUGGGGCUCGAAGCGUCUCGAUUACGCACUGUACUGCCCGGAAGGGCUCAGCAACUUUCCAUCCCAUGCCCUACCGCAUCUGUUCCACGCCAGCUACUGGGAGUCGAGCGAUGUCGUUGCGUUCAUACUGCAACAAAUCGGCCGGUUCGACGAGUCGGGUGGUACCGGGUACGGAUAUGAGAAGGACGUAUCGAGCUUUCGGCCGUCGCAGCCGCGCGAAAAGUGGAACAAGAAGCGUACCUCGGUGAAGCUGAAAAAUGUGGCCGCUAACCAUCGGGCGAACGAUGUGAUUGUGCGGGAGGGUGAACCGCAGCGGUUAGUCGCCCGCUUCAUGUACGGACCGCUCGAUGUAAUUACCCUCGCCGGCGAACGGGUCGACAUUCAUGUGAUGCGUGAUCCACCGGCCGGCGAAUGGCAGCUACUCUCCACCGAAACGACCGACAAGAAUGGACGGAUCACCUACAUUGUGCCGGCGGAACAGGCGUGCGGGUACGGCAUCUUCCCGGUGAAGAUGGUCGUGCGCGGUGACCAUACGUCGGUUGAUUUCUACAUUGCCGUGGUACCGCCCCGUACCGAGUGUAUCGUGUUCAGCAUCGACGGUUCAUUUACCGCAUCCGUUUCGGUGACGGGCAAGGAUCCGAAGGUGCGGGCCGGUGCGGUGGACGUCUGCCGACACUGGCAGGAACUGGGAUACCUGCUGAUCUACAUCACCGGACGCCCGGAUAUGCAGCAGCAGCGCGUACUGUCCUGGCUCAGCCAGCAUAACUUCCCGCACGGCUUAGUCUCGUUCGCGGACGGACUCUCAACGGAUCCACUCGGUCACAAGGCGACCUACCUGAACAAUCUCAUCCUUAACCAGGGGCUGAUCGUACAUGCGGCGUACGGAAGCAGUAAGGACAUCAGCGUGUACACAAGCAUUGGUUUGAAGCCGAAACAGAUCUUCAUCACCGGCAAGGUGAGCAAAAAGCAUCAGUCGAUGGCAACACCACUCACCGAGGGAUAUGCCGCACAUCUCAGCUCCCUAAUGACGGUUGGCGGUUCACGUCCAGCUCAGGGUAACGCCCGUAUGGUGAUACCGCGCAGCUGCUUUAAUCUGCCCGGCCAAAAUCAAUCCAUUCGCAGGCGAAGGUUCGUGCCGGGUUAAAAAGGCGCAGUAGCAGUAGGCAUAGUAAGCAAACCAGAACAAGCGAAGAAACAAAACAAAAACUCAAAACAUGGGAGAAAACAAAGAAAGGAAACAAACACAUCUAAUCAAAUACCCAGUGUAUCCGUAAUACCUUAGGAAACCUACCGCAAUCCAUGCCAAAAAAACAAAACGAAAGAUAGUGAAAAUCCCUAAAGUUAUCAAACACAAGAACGAAGAAACAGAAGAGAGAAGAACUUUAAGCUUAAGCAUUAUUUGAUACUUUGUUAUCUGGUGAUAGACAGGUCCCAUUUAUAGCACGCCCAAACUUCGAUAAUUGUAUCAAGGAUAUUCUUAUCGUGUCGAGGGUUUUCACCAUGAUUCCAUUGCUACACUCUAACAAGCUAACGGGGGUAUACUAGUUCUGGUGUAUUUGUUGAAGUGAGGAUAUAUUCAUGAAUUUUUUUAGUUCUUCUGGUAAAUAAUCGCCCGUUAACAAGGUGUUAAAAAUACAUCUUAAAUCGUUGUUAGAGAAGCGAUAAGCAAAAGCAGAACAAAAAAAAACGAUAAACACGUACGAGAGAAGAAGAAAAACCGAACGAUAUUCCUUAGUCUGUAAGAUAUCGUAAACGCUUUGUACAGACGAAUUGUUUUCACCGCACAGUUUCUUGUGGUGUAGCGACACUUUAUCGAAAUUAUUACUAUUUUCAAUGGUUAUAAGGGCGGUGCAGCUUCACUACAGGGUACAACAAGAUAUUAUUUGCCAAUCGAAAGCAUUUAUUGUUCAGAAUCAAAGCAAGAUAAUCGUUGAGUAACCAAUCGUCUGUACAAAUCCUUACGAAAUGCAUUUUGCACCGUUUUUUUUACCUCCUCUUCUGUCUACUAAUCUCACUCUCUCUCUGUCUCUUAAAAAACUGAAUCAGUUAAGAAUGAAUACGUGCAGGAGCAAAGAUAUGAUAUAUUAUUCGAGGGGAAAAGGAUGCGUACGCCUCCAAUAUUAGAUCUGUCAAAAGGGAACUGUCAUGUGUUAGUAGUGAAACUCAUCUAUAGUGAGAAUAUCAUCAGUCGGAACACUCGUCCGAGCGGAACGAAAGAUACUCAAUCUCACGAAGGUAGUAGUCGGUCGGUGGAAUAAUGUAGAGUUCGGCAAUAAGAAGCAAACCCAACAGCAAUAACCCUGCGCCCCUGGGUCAUCAUCCCUGGAAGCAAACAUGCUAUCGCUCUCUUUCUUUCGCUAUUUCUGUCUCCCCCUCUCUCUCACACAUUCACAAACACACACAUAUACACACAUACACCAAUAUGGAUACAUACGUUUAGUAUCAGCAGUAUCACACAGCAGCAAGGAGGGGCCGGGCAUGCCGGGCAUGCCGGACAUUUAGCACAUGUACGGACAGCGAUAGUAUGACACAGGUGCCAGGCUCUAGGCGAAAAGAAAACAAAGAAGAAAAAAACAACAAAACAAGGGGUUGCAGUCAUUUGUAAAAAGAAAUCAGGAUCACUAUGCAAUAUUCUAAUUUGUCACAUGGUACCUGGCUUAGAAGACUGUCUCUAAAACCGGCUGUAAAGAAUUAAACAAAAACAAAAAAAAGAAGCAUACAGAAAAGAAUCCUUGAAAAAAAAGAGAGGACGAAUCUAACAACAUUAAAGGAAAACCACGAGAGGAAACCCUGUUUGAAAAACACUAAACAUGAAAAAAAUGUAAAAAAAAUCGUUUAUAAUUAUUAACCUUGUUAUUGAAGUAUUGUUGAGCCUUAUCUCGGUUUGUGUUUUCACAAUAAUAAAAAAAAAGAAGAAAAAUAAGACGGACGAGCAGAGGAAAUCAAUUCAAUGUUCUGAUAUAUACAAGUCGAAUCUGUUUGGAUAUGUAAUAAUUUUUAAGAACGUUUUACCCGAAGCGAAUUACACACUUCGGAGCAAGAAUGUAUGAUGGGAAAAUGGUUAGAAAAGGGGUGUAAAAGAAAACGGUAGAAAAGCCACGCUGAUGCGUACCUAUUACUGAAUAUAUACAUAUAUUAGAUAAUUCAUAUAAAACAUGGGUGUUGUGUAAACCGGACGUCUGGAAUCUAGUAAAGAGGAGCGUUAUAAAGAAUCUAUACAUAUACAUAAUAUACAUAUACAUCAGUAGACGUAUUAUACAGGAGUUAUCCAACUGUUCGUAGUUUGAAGUAAACGUCCGUUAGACGCCCAGCAAUGUGUUAGGGAAAUGGUAAAUGUGCAGGGACAGGCAAUCCCAGGCCCAGGGCAAGGGUUCCUGUAUAAAGCAAUGAGGCGCCCGGCUGACCUAGGGAUGGCUCGGGGUUAGGUGAAUAAAUUCUAAACUUUGAUGUUUCUUUACUGUUAACGGUGAGACAAAUGGAUGUGUGUAGCAACUGUAGUGUCAUUUAGUGGUUGAAAACCUCGACAAAAAAUAAAUCAACAAAGAAAUGUGUGUGGAAUAGAAUUAAAAAAAAACACAGGUAUGAAAAAAAACAAAACAUUAAAGAGUAACCUAAAACGGAACGAGUAUAGAAGACAAAGAAACGAGAAGCUGGAAGUACAUUUAGGUGUUGAAUGGUCAAAAUAAACAUGAAAAUCAAACUCUAAAAUAAUGCGACAUAAUCCAAGAUGGCGUAAAGAGAAAAUGCAAAUGUAUUUACGAAAUGCUAGAUGCAACAACGGUGGCAUUCUAAAAUAUGACUUUAAAUACACACUUACACACACACACACAUACACACACAAACGGCACACAUACAGUGAUUUAAAAGUCUUCUCAAACAAAACCAAAACAAGAACAAGGCUGUUAUGAAAUGUAAUGCGUUUGCCACCGUGCCCUGAAGGUGUGCGGUUGCUUAUAUACUGAUUGUAAUUAAUUUAAGUAGCGUGUAUACUUUCUGCCACUGUGAUUGGAUCAGUUUAUUGCGUGGAUUAUCGACAUGCACCUCCAUUUUCAAAUAAGGCUAAACUGGUAUGUGCUUCAGAAGGGCGGAGGCACCGGAUAGAAGCUCUAAAGCAGGUUGAUAGUAUUUUAGUGGUAUGACACAAUACUAACCGCGUUGGCAGCCAUAUGUACUAAUGCAUCCGUUACUAGCCGAUUUACUGUAUCGAUGUGUUCGUGUUUCCAUUGCAGCUAUACUCCGAUGCGACCCUAGCCACACAAACAUCAACACACUCAUUUUAUUCACCGUAAUUGAAGCGGUUGAAUGAGAAAAUACACCCAAAAAAAACAACUAUAAAUAAAACCAAAUGCGAUUUUCUAUUCACUGGACAAUCUUUGACUACGAUCAAAACUAGUACUAUUACUACUACCACUACUGCUACUACUACUGCGAACAAGGAAAAAAACAUUAUAUAAUCCAACAAGGAAAGGUUGUAAAGCAAACGGCAGAAUGGGUGUAUAAGUGUAAAGAUUUAAUAAUAACACAAAUAUCAGUGAACCAUUAGCUGUGUCCAUGUUUUGGAUGAGUACUAUACUGGAAAAUCAUACACACACAAACACGAACACAUACAACCUACGAUCGAAGAUUUCAGCUGACAACCCUGCUAUACUAAAAGCGGAUACUAUGAAUCAGUUGCUUACUUGUAAAGUGAUGUAAUUGCUUGUAAAAUAAUAAAUGAUAAUAAUAAAACAAUGUUAAUAAGCGUC